AUGACUUCCACUACCAACGCUUUACAGGACUGUUACAACAGCCUUAUCGCCAAAAUCGAAGAUUUUCUAGAUGACGUCGCGCUUGAAGCACCUGCUGCCGCGUCUACAAGGGCGUCGACUUGGCUGGAAAAUCUGCUGGCUGGACUCGACUCUUGGGGUGUCGACAUCCGGGCAAGCGAUGGUUCACUGGCACUCAUCGAGAAUAGUCCUGUGGGCUUCGAAGUGAGAUCAAUCCUGCUGGAGAUUGAUCACGACCUUUCAAGUCCCAGCAGCAUUAUUACUGCGUUUACGCCGCUAAAGCCUCCCUCUGAAACGCCUGAUAUUAAGCCUGAUUCAGGAGACAAGACUAAAAUUCACUCCAUCUCGAGCGCGUUGGGGAAUCUGCGUGACUUGGCAAAUCCCAUUCGCCUGGUACUGGUAACUACGCACUCGACAGGUCCAUAUGAAGUCUUGAAGUCUCGAAUUGAUGAUAUUUCUGCAAAGUACCAAAACUCAGCUUCACAGCCGUUGGAUGGUGGCGGGAAUGUCACUCGGGAUCAACUAGAAAAUGAGAUGGCUAAAAUCGAGAUACCACUCAGACCUUCCACUGAGUACUUGGAAGGCGCGAAAGAUUCUAUUCCCAGUCCUCGGCCCACGAUCAAACCUGGCCAAGCGCUUUGUACCCUCAUAAUCACAUCCUACCAGAAGCCGCUGGCUCAGAUCGAGGAUCUAAUAGUAGAAUAUGCAGAAGAGACAGCUUUCGAAAAGCUGAGCGCGACAGCGACGGAGUGGCUGACAGCGCACACCAGGGGUCCAGACGAAGUCUUCUAUCUGAAAGCAGGCCAGAUUAAGUUAGUCCGAGAUGACACCAACACCGUGGCAUUUCGUGGCAUACUGGAGAGUGAACGAGAAUGGGAGGAACACUUUCCAAGGAGGAUUUAUCAGUUUCUCGGCAGCAAUGGCAACGUACGCUUCCAUCUGGAGAUUGAGUGGGAAUAUUCGAGCCUCCAGGUUAAGCCCGUACAUGGUCUGCCCUACAAGGAUAUUAUCCGCAGCGCCAUUCGGGACAAAAUGCGAAAGAACUGGCAAGGCAACAAAUAUGUCCCCCAAAAAGAUCUCGAUCGCAUUAUGACGCAAGAAACAAUAUCGAAAUUGAUCCGUGAGGACGGCACCCUCAAUGACGCCGAGUUCUUCCAACUUACUGGUGAGAAGAGGUUGGAGGAGGAAACCUUCACUGAUCUCAUUAAGUUGAUAAGGCUCCAGGGAGCAGGCUUGUUCGCCUUUUGUGUGUAUGCAGAUUUACCACUUGUCUUCUUCUACUGGAUGUGGAAGCAGGGACUCAGAGAUACGAAUCUGCCUCUCAGCGAAAGCGAUUUGCCUGAUAAACAGUAUCGCACCAAUUCCACCAUAGCCUUUCCGGAUUCUGGCGGGUUUGCGCCUCACAUGUUUGCGAGAAAUGAAAUGGAAGGCUUGAGGCAUUUCCAUCUCCGGCAUGACGCAGUGGUGCCAAUCCUACUUGACGAGGAUAGGUUUGAUCAUAUCCUCGGAGAGGGAAGCUUGUGGAAAGUGUACAAAGUCCAUAUUGACGGAGACCACCAUUCGUUUUCACCUUUCCGAGGCCAGCCUUUUGUUCUCAAGGCAUUUCGCGAGCCAAGAGCGACUGCUCAAAUGGAUGUCGACAAUGUGUCUAGUACCCUCAACAGGCACGCCGAGGUAUCGCACCCCAACAUCACGACCCAUCUGGCCUCAUGGGACCAAGAUAGAUGCUAUUACAUGUUGUUCCGCUGUGCAGACUGUAGUCUCAGGAAAUACAUGAAAGGACCGCCCCCCGUGUUGACGAAAUCAAAUCUACUAUCCCUACUGUGUCAGAUGAGGGGAUUGGCCGAUGGACUGAGAUACAUUCACAAUCUAGCGCCAUCAAACCUGGUACCGGAUCUUGUUGAUGAGAAGGGCAAGAACAAGCCGGGCCGGCGUCGUCAAGCUUGUUUUCAUCAUGACUUGAAACCUGCCAAUAUCUUGGUGACUGUCAACCCGGACGACGGUGACUUGUUGUUCUCAAUCAGUGAUUUUGGAACGAGAAGAAUUGGACAGAUUCUCCAGGACUCUGCUCGGCGCAGGCUUUCCAAAAACCCUCUAUCCGAUAGCGUUGUUCCUGCCUAUGGUGCACCAGAUGCUCUGUUGGAAGGGAGAGCAUCUCGACCAUAUGACCUGUGGUCCAUGGGCUGUAUUUUUUUGGAGCUCUUGACAUGGAUCGUGGGACUUGAAGAAGAAGGCGUUGAAAACUUUGCCAAGAGGCGGAGGGAGGACAGUCCACCUUUUAGAGGCGAUUUCCGCUUAUCAUUCUGGGAUCAGGAUCAAAGUCGCAACGUUUAUCUCAAGCCUUCGGUCGAACGACAGCUGCGACUUCUCAAAGACCAUUGCGAAGGCUGGGGAGUCUUUCCAGAACUGGUGCGCGUGGUCUGUAGGUUGCUCAAUGUCCAACCGCGCCGCCGCCCCGAUGCCUCUCAACUGGUGAAUGCUCUUGAUGCGAUCCUGAUUCAAGCUAGGCGGGACUUGAGAAAUGAGACUUUCUACCUUGGCGGCCCUUCAGCUAGAUCUCAAAUCGUCAUUGCGUCCUUCUACAACACCGGCUCGGAUGACGGCUCACGACGGUCCAGCAUUGACGCUGGCCCGCAUAGAGCACAAUAUGGGACGCCAUUUCCCGACAUCAGGGAAAGGCCCGACAUUGAGGGGGUGGGGCAGUGGGUGGCUAGCCUCAUCCCUGAGGACGUCGUGAGUCUAUCCUAUGCCGGAUUUCACCAAGUCGUCGCCGACCCGCCAGCCGUUGACGACAAGGGCUGA